AUUCACACGCCGCACACUUCAUACUUCCUUGUCUCAGCCAUGAGCAGGCUGCUGCGUCGCAAUUCCAGCCAGCUGCGGCUGCUCCUCACCCGCCUGGCCUCUGGCGGAGCACCAGUGGAGCCCCCUGCUUCAGCUGGUCAACAGGAGAUCAGGAAGGCCAAGCGCCAACCCCCACCCGUAGUGCCCGAUUCGGAGAUCAAGAAGUCCGUGUUCAUCUCGCAGUCCAGCGAUGUCUUCACCAAUCUGGCUCUGGAGGAUUGGCUGUACAAGAACUUUGACUUUAGCCACCACCAUGUGCUGCUGCUGUGGGCCAACGAUCCGUGCGUGGUGAUUGGACGCCACCAGAACCCCUUCACCGAGGCCAAUGUCUCGCGGCUGGUGGAGCGUGGCAUCACCCUUGCCCGCCGUAAUAGCGGUGGCGGAGCAGUGUACCAUGAUCUGGGUAACCUCAACUGCACCUUCUUCUCGCCCCGCGAGCGCUACGAUCGCAAGUACAACCUGAACAUCGUGACCAGGGCCUUGUUCCGCGAGUGGGCCAUCAAGGCGGAGAUCAAUGAGCGCGACGACAUAGUCGUGAGGAACAAAAAGAUUUCCGGGACGGCGGCCAAGUUGGGACACCCGAACUCGUACCACCACUGCACCAUCCUGGCCAGCGCCAACAAGCUGCAUCUGGGCGAAUCUCUGGUGCGGGAGCCGGCCAAUUACAUUAGCCGUGCGACUGCUUCGGUGCCGUCGCAGAUACGUAAUCUUGUGGAUGUCAAUCGUAUGGUGAACGUUUCCCAGCUGCGCUCCGCCGUGGGCUACGAGUAUCUGAGGACGGCGGCCACCACGCUGGAAGAUGGCGGCAGCACGCAGACAAUGAAGCAGCGUGGCUUUCAGCUGAUUAAUCCCACGGAGAAAUGGUUCCCCGGCAUCGAGGAACUGCGCUCCAACUACAGCUCCUGGGACUGGGUCAUCGGCAAGACGCCCAAGUUCACGGUGCAGAAGGAUCUCGAGGUCAAGGGCGAUGAGCAGGACAUGAAGCUUAAACUGAGCGUGGAAGUGGAGGCCGGAUUAAUGAAGGAGAUUGGCAUCCAGCUGCCGCAGAGCGAUCAGCUCGUCCCGGUGGUCACUCCACUCCAGGGAAAACCCUACAACGAGGAGAACCUGAAUGGCAUCCUGGGCGCCCUGAAGCUCGUCAGCGCCUCAAAUGUGAAGCAGGCAAUAAACGGGUCAGCAUGAUUCCUGUUGUGUUAGCUCGAAAAAAAAACAAAAAAAAAAGAUUAUCCUUUCUGUAGUUUCACGAAUGCCCUAAUAUAGAUUUAGUUUUUCCAAGAAACCAUAUUACUAACCUAGUAUUUAAGCGUUUUACAAGCAAACUAUUUACUUUUGUUACCCCGUUUUAUAUAAAAGAACUGCAAUUAAAUGUUUAAACAUUGAAAAUUAAAA